AUGUCCCUCGACGGCGAGGAUUACGACAUCCUCCCCUCCCUCCCCUCAACUCCCUCCAACGGCAUCAAGCUUCUCUUCAGCAAGAGCAAAGUCUACGUUCAUCCAACCUCUCGCAGUAAGGACAACGUCCCCGGCUUCAGCGCUUUGCAAUCACGACCGAGUACCAAGCCCACGCCUGCUCGUACCGGCCUGGGAGCAGUGGCCACCGACGCAGCGGUAAGGGACGAAAUCUACCUAAGCUGGGUCCCAGAAAGCGUCCUACAAAAACAGAAAAGCGAGGAGUAUGAAGCCUACCUCGCUGUCGAAUCUCGAACCGACACCGAUUCGCCGGCCACUCGCUCAAUCCAGGCAUCCACCAUCACGAACGAACAAUACGCCUUUUCCAUCCCCGUCUCCUCAAUUUACUCCAUUCUCGUUCGUCCACCCAAUCUAGGAUGGUGGUUCGGGAGUUUGGUAGUUAGUACUCGUGAUGGAAUCACCUACCCCGCGUUGUUCUUCCAUGACGAUGAGUGUCAGAGUACCAUCCUCCAACGCAAACGCCGUCAAAAGGAAUCGUUUGAUCCAUUUGCUUCAGACAACGGUGUCGUAUUUUGGGGUGGAGACGAGGUUUUGAGGUGGAUUAGGAGGUAUGCGAGGGUUGAGAGGAGUACCGUCGAACCACAGUUGUACCUAAUCGACCCCGAAUCGGCGGAUGUCUUGAGUCUCAGUACGAGGCCGACCGUGACCACAAAGAAAGCUGUGGGCGGGGGCGGUGAGAUGAAACCCCUUGUUGCGACGUUGAAGGAGGCUAGGUGGGGCUUGUUAUCGACGUUUGCGAAGGUCACGAGUAAGGCGAGGCAACUCCUCGAAUCGAACAAAACCUUGGCCGAGAGUUUGCCGACGCCUGUGCAGGAGCUUUUGGGACAUAGUCCUGAGGCGAGGAGGGUUGUAGAGGAGUUUGAGCAGGCGAGGUUGUAUCUUGCGAAAUGGGCCCAGGGCAUCCAUGAACGUGAGGAGAGGGCACAGAUGCAGCAGACAACGAGGGUUUGGGGUGUCGAGGAAGUUGAUGCGGAUGAUUUGGGCGAGGUUGGUGGCGCUUUUGAGUUGGUUCGCCUCGGCGACGUGGAGGAUGAGGAAAGAGAUGGUGAUCGUGACCAAGUUAAACCUGUCACGAAGGAAGUGUGGGAGGGUUUCUUCGAUCAUACCGGACGUUUGAUGGUUACGGUCCGCGAAGUGAAGCGCGCUAUAUUCUAUGGGGGUCUCGAAGAUGACGUACGUUCAGAUGCGUGGAUGUUCCUGUUGGGCGUUUACCCGUGGGACUCCUCUUCCGAUGAGCGUAAAGCCAUCAUGGCGAGUAAGCGGGAUGAAUACGAGAGGCUGAAGGGUAGGGCGUGGUGUCGUGCCAACGGCGUCGACGUCGAUGGACACGUCCCCACCGAAGAGGAAAAGCUCGCGUUGGUGGAAGAACGACACAGAAUUGAAAAAGACGUCCACCGCACUGAUCGUACACGGGACUUAUUCCAAGCUGAGGAUCUCCCGAAUCCGCACUAUGGAGAGGAAGAGGGCAGUGGACAUGAGAAGACGAAUGUUCACAUGGAAGCUUGUAAGGAGAUUUUGGUGGCGUAUCAUGAGUAUAACCCCACUUUGGGUUACGUGCAAGGUAUGAGUGAUUUGCUGAGUCCUGUCUACGUGAUCCUCGGAGACGAGGCCGCUUCUUUUUGGGCGUUCGUUGGGUUUAUGGAGAGGAUGCAACCCAACUUCUUGCGCGACCAAAGUGGCAUGAGGAGGCAGUUGGUCGUUUUGGACCAACUCGUGCAGUUGAUGGAGCCGAAGUUGUAUAAGCAUCUGGAGAAAGCUGACUCGACCAACUUCUUCUUCUUCUUUAGGAGCUUGUUAGUCUGGUUCAAGCGAGAGUUUGAGUGGCACGACGUGCUUCGUUUGUGGGAGGUUCUUUGGACAGAUUUUAGGAGCAAGGAGUACCACCUCUUCUUCGCAUUUGCUGUGUUGGAGAGGAACAAGGAUGCCAUCAUGGACAACCUGCAACGCUUUGAUGAGAUACUGAAGUACAUGAACGACCUCUCCAUGAACAUCGACCUCGAGCUCACCCUUCGCCGUGCGGAUGUCCUCUUCACGCGUUUCCAACGCACAGUCGAGGCUAUCGAUCUCAAGCGAGCUGAGCAAGAGAGGGACUCUAGCAGUGGUUUGAGAAGGAGGUUGCCAGCCGGCGAGGCGAAUACGAGUGGCACCGGUGAGAGCGAAACGGCGCAGGAGGCUGUUAAGUUGCCUGUCAUUACGGAAGGGUUGAGGGGGUUGUUGGCGAAGUAA